AUGCUGCAGGCCCUAAAGGGAUCCGCCUAUCUCUUUAGCGUGACUAAGCCUACCCUACCCCUACCGGCCCUGCCUACUCGAAAGCGGUCUAGGGAGCUCUCCCUAGCUAGUGCUAGCCAGGCCCCUACCCCUCAGCGCCUUAGGGUAGUAGCCCAAUCAACCCCUAAUGACUCAGAAAUUCGUGCUGCCUUCCUAGCGAGUUUCGGCACCUUCCGUCAAUCCCUGAAGGAAUCUAGGGUGAUCAAAACCUCAGGUGAAACCUAUGAAGCUAGGGGAUUCUUCACAGAGAGUCAAUACCCUACCUUCCUCUCUGGCCGGGAUUCAUCUGAACUAGAGGCCCUCUUUACCCUAGACAACACUAGUCAUAUGAUCUGGCUUUCUGCUAUCGUUUACCGCCUUCUCGUUCGAGGGGAUACCUUGAUUUCACGUACUACUAUCCAAUCGCUUAGUGCGUUGAAUACCUUUAGCCAGGAUCCGAUCAAUCAGGCCUCCCUUCGCCCUCUUCGCUCUCUCCAAAGCCAGCACUCCCUCCAGCGAUAUAGCCUAGUCUUUCAGGCCUUCCUGAAUUUCCUGCUUACCUCAUUCCGUUCCCUACAGGAGGAGGGGCCGGAUAGCUAUACUAGCCUCUAUAUCCUAGGGCCUAGCCAGCUAUCUGCCCUAGAAGCCUUAGAGACCUUCCUAUCUGGCCUUCCUGAGCCUGAUCCUGCCCUAGUCAAUAGGGUAGAAGCCGCCCGCCAGCCUGCCCGCCAACCUGCCCGCCAAGCUGCCUGCCAACCUGCCUGCCAACCUGCCUGCCCACCUGCCCCCGGCCCUGCCCGCUAA